AUGACCGCCGAGAGCCGGCUGCCAGCGGGCCCCCCGCCGCCGCCGCCGCCGCUGAAGGCGGACCCGGCGCAGCCCGGGGAGGAGGCGGCGGCGGCGGCGGCGGCGCGGGGCGGGCGGCGGCGGCGCAAACGUCCGGCGGAGCGGGGCAAGCCGCCCUACAGCUACAUCGCGCUCAUCGCCAUGGCCAUCGGGCAGGCGCCCGAGCGGCGGCUCACGCUGGGCGGCAUCUACCGCUUCAUCACCGAGCGCUUCCCCUUCUACCGCGACAGCCCGCGCAAGUGGCAGAACAGCAUCCGCCACAACCUCACUCUCAACGACUGCUUCGUCAAGGUGCCGCGGGAGCCCGGCCGCCCCGGCAAGGGCAACUACUGGACGCUCGACCCGCACGCCCGCGACAUGUUCGAGAGCGGCAGCUUCCUUCGCCGCAGGAAGCGCUUCAAGCGCAGCGACCUCUCCACCUACCCGGCCUUCCUCGCCGAGCGCCCCGUCGCGCCGUGCCGUCUGUUCCCGCAGCCCGCCGAGCUGGCCCCGGCCCCCGCCGCCGCCUCCUGCGCCUUCGCCGCCGCCUGCCCCGCGCAGGGCUGCUCGGCCGCCGCGCUGCCCCACGGCUACGGCCCGCUGCCCGCCGCCCCCGGGCCCUACGCGCCUCCCGGAGCGGGGCCUCUGUACGCGCCCCCGGGGCGCUUCGUGCUGCCCGCCUCGCCGCCCGCCCCCGCCGGGCUCUACGGCCGCCGCUCGCCCGCUCCCUACGCGCCGCUGCCCCACGCUUACGGCGCCGGCGGGCAGGUGGGCGCCGCCGAGCCCGGGCUCCGGCAGAGCGGCUUCCCCGGCGGCCCCGACAGGUUCGUCCCCGCGCUCUGACCCGCGGCCCUGCCCGACGGCGCGCACCGGGCGGAGGCGGAGGACGCCGCGCCCCGAGCCGCGGGGGCCCGGCGAGUCCCGCCGCCGUCGGGCUCGGUGAUGGAACCCUCGGAGUCCCCGGGUGCCGCCCGCUUUCCCGGGGCGAGUGCGUAGAGCUCCCGGCCGCCCUUCCCGCUCCCUCCCGGUGCUGCCGCCUGGGACUCUCGGAAGAUGCCGCUGUGAAAAAACUCUGCUGUUCUUGACUUUGUUCGCAGAGUGAAACGCCUGCUGGGCUCGGGCAGGAGGCAGGCAGGAGGAUGCCUUCCCCGUCGAGCCGGAGCCGUGCAAGUGUGGUGUGUGGUGCUGACGGUAGCGCGUCCCUGCUGUCACGCUGCUGCCGCAUCGGUGCUGUGUCCCACAGCAGCAACACAGCCAGGACUGGGAAAGGUUCGGGGGUGCAGCUGAGCCCAGUGGCAUGCUGUGUGCUGCAGGAGGUGGGGAGGACUCUGGGACUCAAAGGGGGAAGUUCUGGGACCGUCAGCCCCUGGAACUGAGAGAGACUUAGUGAGGCUGUGGGGUCUCUGCCCUCUGAGGUCUUCCCAGCCUGACUGGACAAAGCCAAGGGAUCCUCAUCUGGCUUUAGAGUGGGAUCCAGCGCUGAAUUUGGACCGCGGUGGUUUGGACCAGAGAUCAGCAGGGGGGGGUUUCCCAUCCUCAAUUACUCGGGUCCUAGGGUCAGCCCAGCUCUGCCCAUAGCCUAGAGUGGGCAGCAUCUCCAGAAGUGAGGGAGGCAGAGCAUGAAGUCUUCUGAUCUUUGGUUGCGCAUCUUCUGCUUCAAGCUCUGCUAAGGAUGGAAAAAAAAAAAGUGAGAAGAAAACAUGGAGAGGGGGUUUUAAAAUCCAUCCAUGAAAGGCAUAAAGCCUUUAAAAUAGAUCCAUGGAAAAACCCAAGGAGAUUGCUCCAGGCAGAUCCCUCCACCUCUGGAAGGGGACUGGGAAGCCCAGAAAUGAGCAGGACUUGCUCAGGGGCUGUGAGCAGGGGGAAGCAGAUGUAGCCCUGCUAUUGCCACGGUCCUGUACAGCUCCCUCAUCCUCUGGAGGUGGGAGGUGUGUGACUGGGGCAGAAGAAGUAGGCUGGUGUGUGGGUCGUGCAAAUGCUGGAGCUGAGUGGGGAGAGGUGAGUGGGAAGUGCAGCGGGAGCCUCAGCAGGAGCGCUGGGAGAGGAGAGGGUGCGCACAGAUCUCUCAGCAUGGAUGAUGCAGACUGCAGUGUGACUCAGGUGGGAGGCUGGAAGUUGGGAAGGUUCUGUUCCAGCCUCGUGCUCCAAGCAGUCAGCCAGGAGUAAACCCAGGUUCUCAGGGCUCUCCUGCAAUGUCUGAGGCUGGAGGCAGCAGAGUCUUUGGGCAACUUGACUGCCCUUUGGGGGCAAUUUCUUGUGCGCAUUCAGCACCUCUCUAGUCUCACUUCAUGCCUCUCGUCCUGCUGCUGCACACUGCUGCAAAGAGCUCCCAUCCCCUGAGGACACCUGAGUCUUCAGCUCCGUGGGGGACUUUUCAGGUGAGGUCUCCUCAGUGGUAUGAAAUUUAGGUAGAGGGAAGUUCCUUGCCUUCAAUGGUUGCCAAAGUCCAGGUAUCCAGGUGGGACACGACUGGGAGGAAAUGGAGUGUGAGAGUGGAAGGGUGUCCCCACAGCUCGGUGCACGCUCUCUGCGACAAGCAGGGAGGAGAAGCUGUGGGGCAGCCCUCCAUGAAGACAGAAGACAAGCACCGGACUUGGGGCAUGCUGCCCUCCGAGGAUGGCACGUGUUGGGUAAGCCACCUGCAUGCUGGCCAGGAGCUGUGGUCCUGGCCCGGGUGCUCUGUGAGCCUGCUGGUGCCCACCUGCACCUUUGUUCCUGAGGAGCAGCGCUGUCUCUUUCCAUGUCCUUCCCAGUCCCAGUGUGCCCAGGGGCUGCAGCCAUCACAGAAAGCAGGGUCCUGCUGCACCUUCCCAGCUCCGCUCCCAGCCGACCCCCUCUCAACUGCAGGAGGAGCCUGCAGGCCACCAAGGGCUGAGUGUGGCUCAGAGGGACGUGGUGCUUGGGCCUGCAGGGUCUGAGCUGGGUCCCUUUGCUCACCAGCCUGCAUUUCAUGGGCUUUGUUCAAGCAGGGCAGAGCCUCGCUUCCAAGGGAGCUGCAGCUGAGCUGUGUGCUUUGGCUCUCAGUCUGCCUGUUCUGGCCCACGGGGGGUGGCUGUGCAUGCAUGUGCACGGGUGUGAGUGCUGAGGUGUGGGUGCAAGCGUGCCUGCGUGCACUGCUGCUUGUGUCUGACUGCUUGCACUGGUGGGGGCACAACUCACUGUGGACUGCAUGUCUGUGUGCGCAUGUGGGUUCAUCUUCUGUACAAAGUGCCUUUCUAGCAUCAGUGCUUUGCACCGGUGCUGAGCAGGGACAGAAGAAGGUUCUGGGCUUGCCGGUCCUCAGCCACCUCACCCUGGCCUAACUGGAGGCACAGGGACAUUUUUGUUAGUGUGGGUUUUUGGUUUUGUUUUUGUUUUGGUGAUUGUUUUUUUUUUUCUGAUGGGAAGCCCUCCUCAGCCUUCCUCUGGCAGCAGCUGCCUUUACUGUCUGCUGCUUCUCCUCUUGCCAGAGGAUGAGGACUACACCUGUGAGCAUUUUGCCUUGUGUAAGCUCCUCCUGACCUCAGACAGCAUCUAACACAGCUUCAGGAGCAAAACUUGUUGUCUAGAGGACAUGCACCAUAGACCUUUAUGACUCACGAGGUACAAAUUGAAUAGGUUCAGCCAUGUGCUGUUUGCUGGUAAGAUCUAGAUGCCUGUUCUUUUUUUCUCUCCACAUCAUUUCUGCCCACAAAUGAGGGAAACCAGACACUUGGGAAAUGUCAUUCCUGCAGGGAGUGCAGUUAGCAUCGCACCAGGAGCACAGGGCUGCACACCACCUGGGCAGGAUCUGUGCUCAGAGAGGAGCUACACGGACCCUGUGCUGGACUCUGCACAGGGGCUGCGAGGAAAUGGGGAUAUGCCACGUCUGUGGGGAAAUGGGGAUACGCCGCGUUGGACCACGGGAUGUCAAUUCGUGUGACGCUUUGCUUGUAAUUCUCAGCAUAAAGAAACAUUCAAUUUCUGGAGACUCGGCUGUACAUAUUGGAGGGCUUUCCUUGCAGCAAAGUUAGUCUGAGAUUCAGAGUAGCCUUUGAUUUUUGGGAGAUGAGUGUGGCAGGUUGGGGUGGGCGCUUGCAGAAGGACGGAGCAGCGCAGCGCCUGCUCCACGUGGGUUCUGGGGCAGGCACGCCUCGCCUCGCCUUCAGGAAAGCGGUUAGUAAGCGUAGGAGAAAAAAAUAAGUAUGUAUUAGAGAUAUUUUUUGUAUUUACUCUUCUACUUCACCAAAUAAA